AUGAAUUCGCGUCGUCAACGAUAUUUUCGAGCAAGAUCACCUAGUGGAAGAGAAAUGGAAGUUCUUGAACAAGGAGAAAUUGUAAUGGAACGAGAUGCAGCAGGUAUCUAAUAUUUUUAAAAUUCAUGUAGUAUUAGUGUAACUUUUCUCUAUCGUCAAUUGAAUAGCGAGUGAAUUUUAUGUUCGAAAUGUUCUUAUUUUAUAGAAAGCCGUGUGUGAGUAAUGAGUUUCAAAGAAUGAUGUAAUACCUUGUGCAGUGUGCGCAUAGAGAUGUUCGUUAGCUAGAGCUAGAAAACACAAUUUGAAAAAAAAAUGGGCGAAUAAAAUUUUAUUUUUUAGGCGAAGAGCAACAUGUUAGUCAUGAAGAGAUUGUUGAUGACGGAAACUCGGAAAUGACAAUGGAACAUUUGAGACAACCACCACAGCCUCAACAACAGCAACAACAACAACAGGCACAACCACAACAGAUUCAUUAUGAAGAAAGAUCAUAUAAUUCGGCUCCAGCUCCACCUCGUCGCCCUGGGAGACCAGGUCAAAGAUACACGAAUCAACAUCUACCAGUUGAUGUUAUUCAAAAACUUCAGAACAAAAAUAUGUACAUGGGAGUACAGCGUCAAGGACCGCCUGCACAACAAUCACGUAUUUCUCCAGGAGGAGCUAGAAUUGUUAGUUUGCCAAUUGGUGCAAGAAAAAGAGAGGCUGGUGAAGGAAAUGGGAUGGUUAUUAAAAGGCAAAUUCAACAACAACAAUUUCGAUCACAAAUGAUUCAAAAUGCCUCUUCUCAAUCAUCUCAGCAACCACCAUCACAACAAUCGCAUAAUAAUUCAGCAAAUAAUAAGAAUGUGAAAGUUGUUCGCGUUGUAUCAAAUGCAACUUCAAUUAGAAAUAAUCCAGCAAUUGCUGAACAACAUAUUGCUGAAAUUGAAGAACGAAUCAAACAAACUAUAGAAGAUACAAAAGUUGAUAUGCAGAAAAUUAAAGAAUUACAAGAACAAGAAAUGUCACCAGAUGAAUAUCAUCAAUUACUUGGUUGGCUUUUCGGUGAAAUCGAUCGAUUGAAUGGUGCAAAUACAAGUUUGAAUGAUUUCUAUCGUCAAAGACAACGAGAUGAAAAAAGUGUAUUUGAGGCAAGAACCGAUGCAUUAAAUGCUAGAAUUCGACAAUUGGAAACUGAAAAUCGGAAAUUGAGAGAAAAUGUUAUGAUUAUGCAUCAAACUAGAUUCGAACAAUUUGACACAAAUAUUAUUCGACACGAACAAGUACAACAAGACGAUGAACAUAUGGUUAGUUUUAUGUUUAAGAUUUCGAAAAUUAGAAGAAAAUAUUAUGAUAUUUUCAGAGAGAUUGAACCCCCAAAAUAAUUUUUACUUUUCUCAGGGACAAAUCAUGGAAGAAACUGAAGAAGUUGCGCAUCUCGAAGCAAAGGUUUGUAAUUUUCAAAUUAUUUCUCAUUUACUAUUUUUUAUCUUCAUAAAAUAAUAAUAAUUUAGGAAGAAGUACCACCUGAAUGGAUUGUUGAAGAAACUGUUGAUAUGCAAGACGGAACACAAGACAAACAAUUUGUAAAUGAAUAACAAUCUAUUGUUAUUAUUUUUAUCAAUCUUUCCUUGAUCUCUCCUCCUUCUAAAUUAUGAUUUUUUUUGUGAAACGGGAUUCCAUAUUUUUGUUGUCACCCGAUAUCUGUUUAAUUUUUUUUGACUAAUUUUUCACUUUUUCAAUAAAAUUAUAAUUUUUAAAUUAUUAAAAUUCAUUUCUCAAAUAACAGCUGUUUUCAAACAGCAUCAACUACUUUAAAUUUAUUAGUUUUUUUUUAAUAUAAAAAUUAAUUUGAAGAUGACCGGUGGAUUAAUUGCGGCUGGAUUGGGAAUGGCUGCGAUCGGGUUUGGUGCAAGAUAUGUUUUAAAAAAUCAAGCAUUGCUCAAAAAAGGAUUAGAAGCUAUUCCAGGAGGAGCAGUGAGUGUUUUCAAUAAAAAAAUUAAAAGUCCUUCAACCCGGAAUUUUUUAGUUCGAUAAAUUUUACCGUGGAGGAUUUGAAACGAAAAUGACACGACGAGAAGCUUCUCUUAUACUUGGAGUUCCUGCAUCUGCAAAACCGCAAAAAAUUAAAGAAGCACAUAAGAAAAUAAUGAUUGUUAACCAUCCAGAUAGAGGUAAUUUAUUUUUAUUUUUGAAAAAUUUGGCUAAUUUUCAAAAGGAAGUAGUACUAAAAAAUUUGAAUCCAUUAGUGACUCAAUUAAUAAUUUUAUGUUUUUUACAUCGAAUUAUACACAUAUUUAUUUAUCUAUUUAUAUACUAGAAUUUUAUAUUGCAAUCAAAUUUUAUUUAUUUGCUUUUCAAAAUUGAAUUCUCCCUUUUUUCGGCGGCAAUAUUUUCCUCCACAAGAAAUAUUGAUUUUCUGAUCCCUUUGGGAGACACAUUUUCUUUUUUUUUCUAUAAACCUUUUUUGCCUGAAGAGAAAAAAAAGAAAAACAAACGUUCAAAUACCCCCAUCUCUUUUUUUUAAAUGAACUCACUUAGCAUUCCUCUUUCUCUUUUUUAUAUUCUCACGAUGCUUUCAGCGCUGAGCUCUUGACAAAAAAAGUCGACUUUUUAUUGACUACAUAAAAUUGACAUUCUGAAAAUGACAUUUGACAACUUCAAAAAAUCUUCUUUCAUGUUGUUUUGUUUCUAGGUGGCUCUCCAUAUUUGGCUGCAAAAAUCAAUGAGGCAAAAGAUUUAAUGGAAUCGACUAAAAGUUGA